CGGCUACCAGCGAUUGUGGUCCGAGCACCCAAUCAAUCAAUGACGUGCACGAACGCGGUUCACGACAAUGGCCGAAAGCAUUCACGAUGGAAUUGCCUUGCGCCCUUCAACACCAUGGGGAGUCCCACAAAGCGCCGCAAGAAAAACGAUGGCUCAAGCCAGCCUGUUCGAAACUUGAACUACUUCUUCGCAAAACAAAGAGCAAACGCUAAACCAGACGCUGAGCAACCAAAGGAUGAAACACCCACGACUGUCGACGGGCUGAACGAAGGCGACGACUCUACUCUGACCGACGAGCAAUUAGCCAGGAAGUUACAGGCAGAAUGGGAUGCUGAAGAUCGCAAUGCGGCUGCUGCAUCUGCGAAUGCUACAGAGCUCCGCAGAGAGUCUGAGCAGCCGCAAAACAACAGCGUGCUUGACGGGCAAGGCAGCCUCACAGCUAAUAAAUCAGACACGAGGAAGCCACCCGACGAGCCUUCUAAGCCCCCAACCCCAAAGAAACAGCAAAAUACCCUAUCGCUCCAGUCUACCGCCGCAGACGAAGAUACCGUCUCGAACAACAUCCCGUUCGACCAAAGCCCUCUCGAAUUUUCACCGGUCAAAUACAUACCUGAUCUCCAGAAGCACUGGGCUUCUGAUGGAGGACAUGCGACGUAUGCGCUCUUGACGCGGUGUUUUGUCCUUAUCAACAGUACCACAAGCAGAAUAAAGAUUGUUGAUACCUUGGUCAAUCUGCUGCGGACGAUUAUCGAGGGCGAUCCCGAGAGCUUGCUUCCCGCGGUUUGGCUAGCGACCAAUUCGAUAUCCCCGCCGUACAUCGAUCUUGAGCUUGGACUAGGCGGGUCGGCUAUAUCAAAGGCAUUGAAGAAGGUGUGCGGACUGGACAACGCGGGCCUCAAGACUCUAUAUAGCAAAUAUGGCGACCCAGGCGAUGUGGCCUUCGAAGCCAAGAAGAGGCAGUCGUUCACGCUGCGGAAGCCGAAGCCCUUGACAAUCAAGAGCGUCUUUGACUCUUUGGUAAAGGUCGCGAACAGCAAAGGUCAGGGAAGCGUGGAAACGAAGCAAAGAAUCGUAGAGAGGCUUGUGCAAGAUGCGAGGGGCGCGGAGGAGAGCCGGUAUAUUGUUCGGACACUGGUACAACAUUUGCGGAUUGGAGCUGUCAAGACAACGAUGCUGAUCGCAUUGUCACGCGCCUUCAUGCUAUCCAAACCCUCUGGUGCCGACUUCGACGUUCGCGCUUCAGACGCAAUGCGGAAGAUGAAGAAAGAAGAUCUGGUCGCAAUUUAUUCACGAAACGAGGAGAUUGUCAAAGCUAGCUUUGCCCGCCGUCCCAACUACAAUGACUUGAUUCCUACAUUACUUGAGAUUGGUAUCUGCGACGAAUUGCUUAUCCGUUGCGGACUGUCCUUACACGUGCCGCUUCGACCUAUGUUGGGCUCCAUCACGCGCGAUAUGGGCGAGAUGCUCACCAAACUGCAAGGUCGGGAUUUCAGCUGCGAGUUCAAGUAUGACGGACAAAGAGCCCAGGUUCACUGUGACGACAAAGGAAAAGUGACGAUAUUUUCACGGCAUCUAGAGCUCAUGACGGACAAAUAUCCAGACUUGGUGGCCAUGGUUCCAAAGAUACGAGGCGAGGGCGUUUCGAGUUUUAUCUUGGAAGGAGAGGUCGUAGCCAUCGAUCGACAGAGCGGCGAGCUCAAACCUUUCCAAACCCUUGCCAACCGUGCCAGAAAGGAUGUAGUCAUUGGGAGUGUCACGAUCGAUGUCUGCCUUUUCUCCUUCGAUCUGAUGUAUCUGAACGGUGAAGAGCUGCUUAAUCGCUCGUUCCGAGAAAGAAGGAAUCUGCUGCGUAGCCUGUUCAUCGAGAUCCCCCAUCAUUUCACUUGGGUCAAAAGCCUAGACGCUACAUCAGCCGACGUAGAAGUGGUCCAAUCCUUCUUCAAAAGCGCAACGGAUACCAAAUGCGAAGGCAUCAUGGUCAAAGUCCUCGACAACGCACUCAACCCGGACCUCGAAGUCGACCUAGACGACUCGCCAGAAGCCCCCUCCUUACCUGCAACCCCCAAGAAAAAAACCAACCCCUCAAAGGCGAAAGCAGUCCCUACUUCCACAGACACCGCCGACGAUCCCACCCCUCGUCCCCACAGCGGCCGUCGCAAAGCCCUCCUCUCAACCUACGAACCAGACAAACGCCUCGACUCAUGGCUCAAAGUGAAAAAAGACUACGCCGCGUCCUCCGACACGCUCGAUCUCAUCCCCAUCGCGGGCUUCCACGGCUCCGGCCGCAAAGCAGCAUGGUGGUCCCCGAUCCUCCUCGCGGUCCGCAACGCGCACACGGGCCAGCUCGAAGCCCUCACAAAAUGCAUGUCCGGCUUCACCGACGCCUUCUACAAAGCGCAUCGCGCAAAAUACGACCCUGAUGACCCGGAGAAUACAAAUGUCGUCCGCAAAGCUGGAUCCACCGGUGGCAUGGCGGUUAAACCGUCCUAUGUCGAUUAUAACGGCGGCGGCGGCGAGCCGGAUGUCUGGUUCCAGCCCCAAGAGGUUUGGGAGGUUGCGUUUGCGGAUCUGACGCUGAGUCCGACGUAUACGGCGGCUAUUGGGUUGGUUAGCGAGGAGAGGGGGUUGAGCACGAGGUUUCCUAGGUUUUUGAAGGUCAGGGAAGAUAAGAGCGUUGAGGAGGCUACUGAGGCCGGUGAGCUGGCUGAUAUGUUUAGGAAGCAGGAGAUGAGGGUUGUGAGGGAAGAGGCAAAAGGCGGUCAUCGAGAUGCCGAGGCGGAAUAG